CUCAGUCUCAACUCUAACCAACUACCUACCCUUCUUCUGCCUCUAUAUCAACUCACUCACACCCACGUCCACACUAAGAAGAGAAUAAGAAGGGAAAAUGGCCCUCAACGGAAAAGUCGCCCUCAUCACCGGCGGCGUCAAGAACCUCGGUGCCGCUGCUGCUCGUGAGCUCGCGUCCUCCGGCGCAAACCUCGCCCUCCACUACCACUCCGACGGCAGCAAGGGCGAUGCUACAACACUAGAGGCCGAGCUGAAGAAGUCCCACCCUAACAUCAAGGUCGCGUUCUACCAAGGGAACCUUACCUCCGCUGGAGCCGUGACGAAGCUCUUCCAGGAUGCCCUGAAGGAUUUCGGAAAGAUUGAUAUCGUGGUCAACACGGUGGGCAAGGUGCUCAAGAAGCCUAUUACCGAGAUUACGGAGGAGGAAUAUGAUACUAUGUUUGCGAUCAACUCUAAAACAGCAUUCUUUGUCCUCAAAGAAGCUGCCACGCAUGUCACGGACGGGGGCAAGAUCAUCACGAUCGUCACUGCUCUCCUCGGCGCUUUCACGGGAUACUAUACCUCCUACGCUGGUAGCAAGGCUCCCGUCGAGCAUUUCACUCGAGGCGUCUGCAAAGAACUUCAAUCCCGCCGCGUCAGCGUCAACAACAUUGCCCCAGGACCGAUGGACACCCCAUUCUUCUACCCCCAGGAGUCUCCUGAGGCUGUCGAGUUUCACAAGUCCAACGGUAUGGGCAACCGUCUGACGAUGGUCGAGGAUAUCGCUCCGAUUGUUCGGUUCCUCUGCACGGAGGGUGCCUGGAUCACUGGUCAGACCAUCUUCGCUAACGGUGGAUAUACUACUCGUUAACGGUGUGAUUUAUGUGAAAUGAAUGUAUGGUGUUAUGAUAAUGCCGAAGGUGUAUACGAGGUUUUGAUACCGUGGUUUGGCGAUCUAAAAAUAAUGUGGUCAAGAUAUCAGGAGCUUGGAUGGUGAGUUUGCUGUUGGGUAAUACGACUGCCCUUUCGCUUCGAAAUAUUCCUUGGGGUAUAGCAACAGUUUCCAUAAUAAGGCUCAAUUGAAGAAUGAUAAAAAAAUUGUCAUCUUGCGUGUUCAAUUCUAUUAAAGUCGAAUAAGGAUGAAGUCAAGCAAAGUAUCACUAAGCAUAGUAUUUUAAAUCAUGUCUCAUUAAUCAUACAGCGGCUGAUGACCCAGCCUUCGGUACUUUCCGCUCCUGGAGCGUGCCAUAAUUUAGAGAAUCUGCUUUCGUCGGUUCGGGUAUAUCGUACGCGUCGACUUCCUCUCCGUACGCGACAGACAGACUGUCCACAUCUUGAUCGACUUCUGACC